AUGACUUCUGUCAGUGUCGCUGCACAUGGCAUGGCUGUGCCAAACAGACCACACGCGGUCUCGGUGCACAUUCAUACUUGGAAAGAAGUUUGUACUAUGGCUCUUGGCGAUACUGAGGCUAUCAAGGCAUUGGAAAAUGGGUAUCCGCGAUCUUACAUCCACAAGAGUAUUCAAGUUCUUGCUGAAGCGCUUCGGAGAGAUUUAUCACUCCCCGGAGACAAGUUGAUGCUCUUCUCCAACCUUGAUGCUGCUCGUGCGUGUAAAGAGUACAUGAUCUCCACAGCCAUACAUGGCUCACAGGCUGGGUCCUUGGAUAGCAUCUCACUGCAUACUAUGGAAUUUGACACAGCUGCUCUUCCGAAGAAAACUCCGCCGCUGCCACAAAUCCAUGCAGUGGUAUAUCCAUCUAAGCUAUCGGGUGUGGCUACCCUGUUUUGGAGACUGACGGGAACGGGGAUUUCUUCGCGACAAGCAGAUCGCUGUCUGCAGGCCCUUGAUUGCAUGCGCCAAGGCAAUGGAAACACGCAGUAUAAUCCAACAAUCUCUCAUCCAAUCUAUGGGAUUAUACGCGCGCGCAUUGCCACUUUGAUUGAGCGCGCCCCUAUCUCCCGCCGAGGGCCGUCCAAGAUUUUGCCAAGCGAUGUCUAUCUAUAUCCCUCGGGCAUGUCUGCCAUCUAUCAUGCCCAUCAUCUGCUACUUAAAUGGCGUGGAGCAGAAAGUGUGGUUGUGGGAUUCACAUACGAGCUGACAGUCAAAACCAUGCAGGCUUUCGGACCAUCGUAUCGAUUUUUCAGUGUCGGCACUGAGGCCGAGAUCGAUGAGCUUGAGAUCUACGUUGAGGAUCGAUAUCAUCAAGGAAUCAAGAUUCAGGCCAUCUGGUGCGAAUGCCCAUCAAACCCUCUACUCCGGACUGUCAACAUGGAGCGACUGAGGAGGCUGGCCGACAAGUAUGACUUUGUAGUUGUUGUAGAUGAUACUAUCGGGAAUUUUGCCAACGUGGAUGUUCUCGAUGUCGCGGAUGUUGUGAUCACGUCGCUCACCAAAGCAUUUAAUGGAUUCGCUGAUGUUCUCGCUGGCAGCAUGAUCCUGAACCCAAAUUCCCAAUACUACUGCGACCUCCAGCAUAUCAUCAAUGCCACUUACACAAAUAACCUCCACCUCGAUGAUGCCCUCCAACUCGAGCAAAACAGCCGCACCUUCCUCCAACGUGCCGCCCGCAUGAAUGAAACAGCCAACUACCUCGUGGACCAUCUUUCUCCGUAUGUAUCAACACCAGCGAGCAUAGUAAGUAAAAUCUAUUACCCGAAAUUGUGCUGGUCCGCAGCAAACUACCAUGCACGGAUGCGGCCCGCCACAGAGGAGUUUACCCCUGGGUAUGGCGGUAUGUUCACCAUCGAGUUCGACACCGUCCAGUCGGCAACGAGGUUCUUCGAUAUGCUCAAGCUCCACAAGGGGCCGUCGACUGGUGCGGAUGUCACGCUGGCCCUACCGUAUGUGCAGAUGGUGUUUCAAAAAGAGAAAGAGUGGGCUGCGUGCCAUGGUGUUAAAGAGACCAUUGUGCGGAUCUCGGUGGGACUAGAGGAUAAAGAAGAGUUAUUGAGCUGUUUGGUCAGCGCGUUGGAGGCUGCUAACAAGACUUCAAGUCGACUUUGA